GACGGAAUCCAAAGAGGGAACUAAGCUCACCUCACACGGUGUGACAAGAGCGGUAACGGCGAUUUCGAGUUCCCAAGGCGGCGAUUUCUGCUUGGUAACUCCACUCCAUUGCUGCUGCUCCUCCUUCGACUGUUCUGUUUUAGGGUUUGUCGACCCUGCAUUGCCCUUUAUCGAGGUGGUUUGCUGGUUGUAGCUCGACGCCUUGGGCGGAUACCGUUGUGUACUGCUCCUUUGCACCAAUGCCGAAGAUUUUCGGGUUUUCCCGUCGCCGAACGAAACUGGGAAGGUUGAAAGUCCAACUUGGAGACCCUUUGCAGGGCACUAGAAGUCCCAUUCGAUCAUCUAAACAGCUAAGCCGUUCCAAUGAAGAGAAUGUGGUAGUUGCAUCAUCAAGUGGCCGCUCUGAUGGCCUUGAUUGCCGUUACUCAUCCCGUACAUUUGAUACACAUAAUUUUAGCGUUGGGAGUACAGAAGAAUGGAGCUCAUUGCCAACCUAUGGCAACAAACCAACUCCUCGAUCCCAUCAUGCAGCAGUUGUUAUUGGGAGCAAAAUGGUGGUGGUUGGCGGUGACUCUGGCCAUGGUUUGUUAGAUGACACUCUGGUGUUAAACUUGGAGACACUUACGUGGAUGACUACUGUUUCAAGUGUCUACUCAUCAUCUGGUGGGGUUGCUUUAAAGUUCCCUGCAUGCAAAGGUCACUCUUUGGUUUCAUGUGGAAAAUCUGCUCUCCUUGUUGGAGGAAGGACUGAUCCUCCAAGUGACAAAUUGUCAGUAUGGUCCUUCAAUGUAGAAGUGGAAAGCUGGUCACUUGUUGAAGCUAAGGGAAAUAUUCCGGUUGCUCGCAGUGGCCAUACUGUACACAGAGCAGGCAAUGUGCUUAUCCUUUUUGGAGGUGAGGAUAUGAAAGGAAGAAAACUGAAUGAUCUCUACAUGUUUGAUUUGAAGUCACUCUCUUGGCUUCCUUUGCAUUAUAAGGGCGCAGGACCUUCAGCGAGAUCAAAUCAUGUAGCUGCUCUUUAUGAAGAUAAAUUGCUCUUUGUAUAUGGAGGGCAAUCAAAAUCUAAGAUUCUCCGUGAUUUUUACUCUCUAGAUUUUGAAACAAUGAUAUGGUCAAGAGUCAAGGUUCAUGGUCAUCACCCUUCACCUAGAGCAGGAUGCUGUGGUGCUCUUUGUGGAACUAAAUGGUACAUUAUCGGUGGUGGAAGCAAGAGAAGAAGACAUGCUGAAAUCCUCAUCUUCGAUAUUUUAAAAUUUGAGUGGUCUACAUCAGUUAUGUCACCAAGUGUUUCGGUGAUCACUAAUAGAGGUUUUAGCUUGCUUCCAGUUAAUCACAAAGACAAAGUUUUCCUUCUUGCCUUUGGAGGACACAAGAAAGAACCAUCCAGUCAGGUUGAAAUACUUUUCUUGGCUACAAAUGAACAUUCAAUGAGUUCACGGUCUGCUCCAGAUACAGAAUUAUUACCAUAUGAAGAACAACACGCUGUGACUAUUAAGGAUGUUGGUGCUCACCUCAAGACUGGUUCUUCCCCAACUUCUGUUAAUCAUGCCACAAGACAUAGUCUUGCAUCUGCACUUGAGCAGCAAAUAUCUGGCAGGAAAUCCAUUUCAGAUGAUCCUUCUCCAUCUGCUGGCAUGCCAAUUAGCAAGCAAUUUCAUCAAGAUCAAGAUUACUGUUUGGCUAAUAAGAUGCCGAAACCAUCCCUUGAAGAUGAAAACUAUGAAACUGAUGACCAGGUGCAGAACAACCGUUUCUCACAGGUGAGGACUUGUGCCCUGGGUCUUAGCAUAUCGCAAUACGUGGAUGGUCUGCAGCAAGAGAACGAGUCUUUGAGGGCUCGCCUCCAGGAGCUGAAAUCUCCCACGACCGCCAGCUGUGCUUUGGAUCUGACCACCCUUGAUAACCCAAUGCAGUCCUAUCUUCAGACUGCCGAGGAGAAGGCCCAAGUCACCAGGGGCAUGGCUCAGGUGGAGUUAGAGAAAGUACAAACCUUUCAGAUUGCCCUGAAGACGAGUGAAUCCAAGCUUAAGUCUAAGGGUCUGAGGCGUGCCCAGGUCUUGGCCGAUCUAGAAGAGAAUGAAGCUGAGGCAGAUCUAUCUGCAAGCACUGAUCGGGAGGCUGCCUUUCAGAAGCAGUGGGAGGUAGCCAAGGCUACCCUCAAGUCUCUUCAGGUGGACCUCUCAAAGGCCCGAGACGAGGCCACCAUUGCACAUCAAGAGCUAGCUGCGGUCCGAGUUGAUGCAGACAAGGUCAAGGGCGAGCUGAAAGACUAUCAAGUCGGCGAGGCUGCUCGCCUACAAGCUUACAAGGCCACCUUCCUUGCUUCCCAAGAAUUUGGAGCUAAGAUAGGCAGUCUCAUUGAUCGGAUGAUUUGUUAUGGUGGUGUGGGGGCCCUAUUGCAGCUCUGUGAGAAAGGUUACCUCCAGUCAUCCCCUCCUGAUGACUUCUUGGACCGCGCUCGCCUUCUCCGAGAGCUUCCUGAUGAAGUGUUUAGUUAA